CGAGAAUACAGACACAUAACUCGCGGAUUGGAUGUCAUUGAUAUCAAGGCUACUUGCGAUACUACUUGUUUUAAAUAUCUGUUCAUAUCUGUUCAAGAUCUAUCCCGCAACAUGGACGCAGAUCCAGCUCUUCCCAAACCAUCAGCUAGCCCCGUCUCGCAUUUCUUUCCAUGGGCCACAUCCCCGGACGUCAUACGCAGCCACGAAAAGGAUGCGUACAUUUCUGGCACCCUUUCGGUGCAAGCCCACACAAUAAUUCGCGCUCUCCGCGGCGCAAGAUUCGCCCAUUCUCAUACCGACGCAAUCAAAAACCUUACUGACCUCCUCUACUUCUCCCUCACAACACUUGUCGGAAACAGAACACUAGGCGAAGAGUAUUGCGACGUGGUACAACUAGAAGAUGACUCACUACGAUUACCAUCGCUGGUACGACGGGUCGGAUAUAUCCUCAGCAGCAUUUUAUUACCAUGGACAUUGCAACGGCUGCUCCCCGCGUUACGACAAAAGAUGCGGGCGAAACUCCAACGCAGCGUUGCCCGGCUGCAGGCAAAAGCUGCAUUACUAUCCUUAAAACAGAAAACACCCUCCAAGCCGGGCCUCACACUGCGCUUCCAAAUUUAUGUCCUGGACCAUCUUGAUUCCCUUACCUCCCUCUCCCCAAUCUUCGCCCUGAAUCUGGCCGCCUUCUAUUUCUCUGGAGCAUAUUACCACAUAUCCAAACGCAUCUGGGGUCUUCGAUAUGUUUUCACAAAGCGAAUUGAAGACAAUGAAGCUAGAAUCGGAUAUGAAGUGUUAGGCGUUUUACUCGUUCUUCAAAUAGCUGUGCAGGGCAUACUGCAUGUCAAAAAUACCAUCUCUUCCUUCACCGCUGAAACAGCGGAGGGUCAGCAGCAACAAGAAGGCUCCGACCAAAAAACCGCUCUAAAGUCAAUAUAUACCCCACCAUCCAUACAAUCACUGCCCGCAAGCGAAGCGCGAUAUGAUUUAGCAAAUCCUACCAACGCAUCUCUCGCCUGGGUACCUCCUGGUCAGCAACGGAAAUGCACCCUGUGUUUGGAGCCGUAUAAAGACCCGAGUGCGACAACGUGCGGACAUAUCUUUUGCUGGACGUGUAUACGGGACUGGGUGCGGGAGAAACCCGAGUGCCCGCUAUGUCGGCAGGAGGCGUUGGGUUCGAAAAUUUUGCCCUUGAGGGGCUGAGGCGCUCCUCUCAUAUUAAGAUGUGAGAGCGGAAGAUAAUUAAUUGUCUCUUAUAGCAUAUAUGUACAACUACUUAUACAAUUGUCGAUACCAAUAGAAUAUAAAAUGCACACUUC